AUGGCGGAAAUCCUCAAAUAUGAGCUGUCCGAUUUGGACAAAGGAGGAUUUCUCAAGGAGGUGACUGUCGCCAUGUUUUAUGAAAUUCCCCCCACGGUUAACUCCAAGGAGCUCAUCUCGUCUCUGGAAGAAGGACUGAGAAACGCACUCGACCAGUUACCUUUUAUGGCAGGAGACUUGCAAUUUGAACAGACCGGCAAACUCUGCAUCGUCAAGUCGCCCGAAAGCCAGCUCAAAUUCGAAGUUCACCAAUUCGACUCCGCAGAACACAAAUCUAUUUCCACCAUGGCGCAAAGCUCGUUCGCUCCUGAUGCAUUGGAUCUCACUCAAUUCAUUCCCCAAGCCCCGGAGAAUAAGAAGCCAGUCUGUGCUUUGAAAUUGAAUUUCAUCGAAGGUGGCCUCGUUUUUGGACUCCGAGUCAACCAUGCAUCCGGGGAUUGGUCCUCAAUUGAUAAAUUCCUGUCUCUGAUUUGCCAAAGCUGCAAAGCACACCAGGAAGGUCUCAAGAUGCCGAGCUUUACGCCAGAUUUGAACAGGGUCCCCUAUAAUAAGCCUGCAGACCUUUCAAACUACUCGAGACAACAUUCCCUAGAGAGUCUUCGGAUCUUCUACGUCAUGGAAAAGAGUCAAUUCAAACCACCCUCGUCAACCCCGUCCCAGCCGAAGAUCUACCGAAUCUCAGACGAGGCUAUCAAGGAUAUCAAAGACCAAUGUUGUCCCUACCUCACUGGCGUGGAAUAUAUCUCCUCAUACGACUGUAUCUCCGCGCUUGUCUGGAGAUCCAUCACUCGCGCACGACUCAGUCUUCACCCGGAAAAGACGACCUCUCCUUCCCGCUUCAUCCACCCUAUCGACGUUCGAACUCGAGACCCCGAACAUACAACCUCUGAACAAUACUUUGGCAACGCCGUCAUUGGAGCUCAAGCAGGCCCCUUAGACGCCCAAGCCCUGGUAUCAGAUGGAAGUCGAGGCUUAGCAACUGCCGCCUCGUCAAUUCGCCAAUCUAUCAACUCCGUUGACCUGGCUUCAAUCAGCCAUAUGACCUCCCUCGUAUCAUCCCUCUCGCUCACGGAGACUCUAGGCUCUCAUGCUGAUUUCACGGACAUGGAUGUGUUUAUGAAUACCUGGCACUCGGGGAGUACGGAGAAGUAUGAUCUUGGGGCUGGUGUUGUCCCCGUUGCUUUGCGGCUGCAUGCGCCGAUUCCCGGGGCUUGUGCUGUAAUUUUGCCAAAUUUCUCGCGGGGUUCGACGAGGGUGUUUGAUAUUCAUCUACAGGUAACGGCGGAGGAGCAUGAGUUGUUGAAGCAGGACGCGGAUUUUGUGAAGUAUUUUGAGCUUGUUGCAUAG